AUGCCGCUGCUUAGUCUGCCCCUUGAACUGUUCCUGCUGAUUACCGAGGCCCUGGGGAACGAGAAGGAUAUCAAUGCACUCGUCCAAACAUGCCGCCAGCUUUACCAAAAUCUGAAUACCCACCUGUAUCGCUAUAAUGUGCGGAACUCGCAGAGCUCGGGACUUGUGUAUGCUGCACAUACCGGGGAAGAAGCGGCUGUCAAAAAAUUGCUCGAUGAAGGCGGCGACCCUCAGACCUGGUACUUGGAGCCGCCGAUAGUCUUAGCGGCCAUCAAAGGGCACAUAGGCGUGCUUAAACUCUUGUUGGAGAAUGGAGCUGAGACUUACCCCCAGGACACCGUCCAUGAGCGGUCGGCUCUAUUUUGGGCAGCAAUAGGCCGUAACAAGGAGGUAGUCAAACUACUACUUGAUGGAGGAGCAGAUCCAGAUCCUAUGGAUGUCGAGAGCAAUACCCCGCUAAUGAUGGCAGCGGACGAAGGGGAUAUAGAAAUGGUCAAGUUCUUGCUUGAUAACGGGGCAGACGCAGAUGUCGAGAGUGAGCAUGGUGAUACUGCCCUAUCCCGAGCAGCAGAAGCCGGACGCGAGGAUAUAGCCAGGCUUCUUCUUGAGAGAGGCGUUUGUCUCACGACUAAAAAUCAGGAAAAUGGCACUGCUCCCUUAAGUGCAGCAGCAGAACGCGGAUAUACGGAAAUAGUUAAGCUCUUGCUCCAGGCAGGUGCUUCUACGCAGGCCAGGGACUGGGACGGCCGUACCGCCCUAGGCAUAGCUGCUGCAGAACUUGGAUGUGAGGGAAUAGUCAGGCUUCUGCUUGCGAACGGGGCCGAUCUGGAGUCCCGAGAUGACAGUGGCUACACCCCCUUAGCUGUGGCUGUAGAGAGCCGGAAUAUUGAAACUGUCAAGAUCCUGCUUGAUAAGGGGGCUAAUAUAGAGGCCAGGGAUGAUACCGGUAGUACUCCCUUGGCUGCUGCAGCGGCAAAUGUUUGUAAAGAACUAGUCGAGCUAUUGCUUCAACAUGGAGCUGAUAUAGAGACUCAGGAUGCAGGAGGUAGCACUCCUCUCGCUUCGGUAACGAGAAAAGGGGAUCUGGAGAUGGCUCUAUUCCUCGUUGAGAAAGGAGCUGAUAUAGAGGCUCGGGAUGAGGAUGGCCGAACUCCAUUAUUCAUUGCGGCAUUCUUUGGACAUAUAUACCUCGUCACUCUUUUGCUCGACCGGGGAGCUUCUCUAGAUAUUAGAGAUAGUAAUGGCUACACUCUUUUGUCGGUGUCGAAGAAUGAGGAAGUAUCCAACCUCUUACGAGGGAAGGGUGCAAGCAUAGAGGCCGACGACGGAGGCCGAACGGAGGCAGACGUCGUAAUAGUCGGCUAG